CCACUCAGGUCAGCUGAUCAGACAAGGACAAACAAUUCUCUUGCUCCAUUGUACUGUGGAUUGCUGAUACUUUCCAUCCAAACAUGGCAGAAAAUUUCCAAAGUGCACCUUUCUUUGAGACAGAAUGUGCUCUGCAACCCUCUGCACAUGUGCUAGGGAAUACCACGCCCUUAGUAGGAAGUGUGUGCAACUUCUCCAGGGUCUCCACCCCAGCUGUGAGUGCAGCAUGGCUCCUGUCAUCAGACUCCAGCACUUGUUUCCAGCAGCUCAUAGACAGUGCCUACCCAUAUUUACCUCCUGGCAAAACCAUGGUGACUGUGCUGACUGAUCAGGACCAGAGCUCUGCCUCAGCACUCUCCUAUCCAGGAAUUCUCCAGUGGGAUCCCACGGGAAACACUGACUGGAGGGAAGCUGCACUCCAGGACUUCACUGUAACUGUCAUUGACCAGAAUAUCACAUUCUCCUCCUUGUCUAGGACAGCCCAGGGUGAAAAUAUUUUAGAUGACAAUGCCUUAGUCCUCUCCUAUCCAACAUUGUCUGCCAGCCUUGUUCAGGCCACACCACCACAGUUGCCAAAUGAAGGAUACAGCCUGGCACCUUCCUACCAGGAAGAAUACAGCCUGGGCCCUCUGAUGCCUGGAGAACUCAGGCAGUUUCUGCAGUCGUAUGGUUCUAUGUCCUACUCUGGAGGUCAGGCCUCUGCCCUGCUACCAGAGAUGGUGAUGAUGCCAAAGGAGAUUCAGUCAAUGAAUGUCCAAACACCCUUCUCCACCUCUGCCAUCUACUAUCCCACACCUGCUCAAGAAAUGCCAGACACCAGUCUUCAAGUGGUGAAAAUGGAGAUGGCCCUGGAAUUGACAGCUGCAGGCCAGACACUCUGUCUGCUGCAGAGUCCAGACCUCUGCAAUUCCUGCAUGCAGGAUGUUCAGAAGUCACCACCUGUCCAUGGGGACUGGUCAUUAACUGCCCACAUAGACAGUCCUUCAGAAUUCCUGCCCUUGCCUCCUGCUCCAAUCUUAGAACAAACAGAGAAUAAUGACUUGGAUUUAAUGGCAGCCUCUCUAUCAACUCCUUGAAUGUUGCUCUGCUGGCAAGAACAAGUACCCAUUACCUACCAAACCUCAAAUCCAAUAAGACUUCAACUGCCAACCAAUUCCAAGGAGGAAAGUCCACAUUCCAGGGCCAGUCAUCUCAAAGCCCAUCACAGAAGAGCAGAGGACAGAGAAGGAGGCCAUGAAGAGGCGGGCUCAACAGGAGAGAGAUAAUGCCGCCAAGUACACCUCUCUGAGAAAACCGCAGCUCUUCCUUCAGAGGCAGAAGGAUAUGGAAUUUUCUAGAUAUUAUGGCUAUGUCAUGUAAGGGCUGGCCUAGACUUUGGAACACAGUGCUAUUCAACACAUACAAGGUGAAAUACAGAUACACAUAUACAUAUAAACAUUGGACUUAAAGACUUGGGUGAAUGUGUACAUAUGUAGGUAACUAAUGGAGUUAAGGAGGUUAAUGUGUAGAUCCAAGAAUAUUUAUAAAAAUGGUCAGAAAUAGUUUCUAUACUUGUAAAUAUUUGAAGACACAAAAGUGACUGGAGAUGCUAAAGUCAGAUAUAUCAUCCAUGAGUAAGUAUAUAGAAGACUGAUGGUUUCUUAGUACCUUUGCUAUUAUUCAUUUAUGUUGACAAAUUAGUAAUAUGUGAUACAUUAAUACAUCAUAUGCUAUAAAUCACUGAUAGUGUUUUUAUUUAAGGUAAAAGCAAUUAGCAAAAACCUGUACUGGUUAUAAAAGUUUUCUCCUUGAAUUUUAUUUUCAUUAUACUAGUUUUUGAACUUGGUAUGUUCCCUAUAGUGUAUACUGUUAUAGUAAACACACUCCUGUUCUUACCACACUUCCUCCCAUUUUGAAUCACCCACUUAAGCCCUUUAAUGAUUACUAUUCUGGGGCAGAGCUCCUCCUGAAAUUUCAUUAUAUGAAAUACAGGAUUCCAUGUAUUUACCAUCAAGCACGCACUUUAAAGAGAAAAUAUACAAGGUUGACCAAUUUCCU